UGGGGCUGGGCGGAGCCGAGUCAGUGCGUAAGUUGCCGGUGAACCAGUGUCGGGGCAGGAACGUGCCGCAGCAAUAUGGAGUGAAAUUAGAAGGAAAAUAACCAGGGAAGGCCAAAACCGAUAAUGGCUGCAAAUAGCCUUGUGUUGCCCAUAGUACUAUGGGGGCCCAAAGCUCCCACACAUUGCAUUUCAACAUUACUGGUUAUGGAUGAUUUGGCAACCAUUGUUACAGGAUGUCAUGAUGGACAGAUUUGUCUUUGGGAUCUAACUUCAAAAUUGGAGAUCAUUCCUCGGGCCUUGCUGUUUGGCCACACAUCAUCCAUCACUUGCCUUUCUAAAGCUAAUGCCAGCAGUGACAAGCAGUACGUCGUCAGUGCAUCUGAAAGUGGGGAAAUGUGUCUUUGGGAUGUGAAUGAUGGUCGAUGCAUCGAAUUUACUAAACUGGCAUGCACUCAUACUGGCAUUCAGUUCUAUCAGUUCAGUGUUGGAACUCAACGCGAAGGAAGACUGCUAUGCUACGGACAUUAUCCAGAAAUCCUUGUAGUCGAUGCCGUUAGCCUGGAAGUCCUUUAUUCUUUGGUGUCCAAGAUUUCUCCUGACUGGAUUAGUUCAGUGAGCGUUAUACGUUCACUGAGAACGCAAGAGGACACAGUGAUAGCAGUUUCAGUGACUGGGAUUUUGAAGGUGUGGAUUAUUACUGCUGAAAUCAAUCGAAUGCAGGAUACCGAGCCAGUGUUUGAAGAGGAAUCCAAACCCAUUUACUGCCUGAACUGCCAAAGCAUUUCAUUUUGCACGUAUACACAGCGAUGUCUGCUGGUAGUUUGCUCCAAAUAUUGGCGGGUAUUCGAUGCUGGAGACUUUUCUCUGUUAUGCUCGGUAUCCAGUGAUAAUGACCAGUCUUGGACUGGGGGUGAAUUUGUAAAUGCUGACAAGGUUGUUGUUUGGACAGAAGAUGGGAGUAGCUUCACUUACCAGUUACCACCAAGCUGUUUACCAGCCAGUGGAUCCUUCCGCAGUAAUGUUGGCAAAGCCAUUGAGAACUCUAUUCCUCCUUUACUGUUUAAGGUGUUGGACUGGAAAGAUAAAUCCAGUGUCCAUCAACUAGAGUCUAGGUAUUUGGGGGAGGCAGUUGUCCACGUUCCUCAUGAAUGUUACCCUGACCCUAUAAAGGCCUGGGAGCUCUACACACCGCAGCUGUUAUCAUGUGCUCGGCCUUUUGAGGCACCACUUCUCAUCUGUCCACCUGUCACACGGUUCUUUUAUGGUCGUAGAGAACCCUUCCUUAAAUUACUGAUUCAGGGAGAUUCAUCAGGGAGACUCUUAAUAUGGUGUAUUCCUGAAGAGGUAGACUUAAAUCAGAGAGGUAGCGUUCAAGAGUUGAAAGUCACCACUUCUGCAUGCUUACAAGAUACAUUUGAUCAUCUCGUUCCAAGGCCUGCUGGAAUUAUAGACCAGCUGAGCACACUUCCUGGCAGUGAAGAGCCUUUGAAGGUGACAGCUAGCGUGUAUAUUCCCUCUCAUGGGCGCCUGGUAUGUGGACGCGAAGAUGGCAGUAUUAUUAUUGUGCCAGCCACUCAGACUGCUAUUGUCCAGCUACUGCAAGGAGAACACAUGCUGAGACGAGGCUGGCCUCCUCAUCGAACUCUUCGUGGACACCGAAGCAAAGUGACGUGCCUGUUGUAUCCACAUCAAGUCUCAACUCGAUAUGAUCAGCGCUACUUGGUGUCAGGCGGAGUAGAUUUUUCUGUAAUCAUCUGGGAUAUCAAUUCGGGUGAAAUGAAACAUAUCUUCUGUGUCCAUGGUGGAGAGAUCACCCAACUGGUGGUACCACCUGAAAAUUGCAGUUCUCGAGUUCAGUACUGUAUCUGCUCGGUUGCCAGUGAUCACUCGGUGGGUCUUCUCAGUCUUCGAGACAAGAAGUGCAUAAUGCUCGCAUCAAGGCAUUUGUUUCCCAUUCAAGUAAUCAAAUGGAGACCUUCUGAUGAUUAUCUAGUUGUUGGUUGUUCUGAUGGAUCUGUUUAUGUCUGGCAAAUGGAUACCGGUGCAUUGGACCGAUGUGUAAUGGGAAUUACUGCUGUGGAAAUAUUGAAUGCUUGCGAUGAAGCUGUUCCAGCUGUAGUAGAUACUCUCAGUCACCCUGCUGUAAAUUUAAAACAAGCCAUGACUCGUCGGAGCCUUACUGCUUUGAAACACAUGGCACAUCACAAGCUGCAGACACUUGCUACCAAUCUUUUGGCCUCUGAAGCUGCGGAUAAGGGAGCUUUACCAAAGUAUUCCCAUAAUGCCCUAAUGGUUCAAGCCAUGAAGACCAACCUGACAGAUCCUGAUAUCCAUAUAUUAUUCUUUGACGUGGAAGCUCUGAUUAUCCAGUUGCUAACAGAGGAAGCAUCCAGACCCAAUCCCACACUUAUUUCCCCAGAGAGCCUUCAGAAAGCACCAGGCAGCACAGACAAAAGCAGUUCCUUCCUGACUGGCAAGAGAGCAGCUGUCCUGUUCCAACAAGUGAAGGAAACUAUCAAAGAGAAUAUUAAGGAGCAUUUGCUGGAUGAUGAUGAAGAUGAUGAUGAUGAGAUGAGGAGGCAGAAAAGGGAAGAAAGUGACUCAGAAUGCAAGGGCAGCAAAUCAAAGCCACUCACACUGUUACAGUAUAACCUAACAAUGGACACUGCCAAGCUAUUCAUGUCCUGUCUUCAUGCUUGGGGGUUGAAUGAAGGCUUAGAUGAGAUUUGCCUCAUCCGUCUUGGCAUGUUAAAACCUCAUUGUCCUGUAUCUUUUGGUUUGCUGUCAAGAGGAGGACAUAUGUCGCUGAUGCUUCCUGGCUUCAAACAGACUACUUGCAAGUCACUAGAUGGUGCCGUUGAAACAGGGAAAAAGCGAGUUCUGGGAAACAGCGCAUACAAUGUGUCCAGGGCUGUCACAACCCAACACCUGCUUUCUCUCAUUUCUUUAGCCAAUACAUUAAUGAGUAUGACCAAUGCCACCUUCAUCGGAGAGCACAUGAAAAAAUUACCACAAAGACCACAGAAACCAAGCACCCUGGAGAUGACUAAAGGGAAACCUUCCCCUCCAGUGUCUUUCACUGCUGUACAGGGACAGAUCAAACAAGCUGCUGUUGCUGCCCAUGAGGCUGACUGCUCUGGCAAUGUUUUACAUAACUGCCCCUCAGUCAAUGAAGGCUGGAGUCAGCUAGCAGCUAUGCAUUGUGUAAUGCUUCCUGAUCACCUUGGGCAGGACAACUUUAGACCUCCACUUUUGGAGAUGUUGGCCCGACGAUGGCAAGAUCGUUGUUUAGAGGUGAGGGAAGCUGCUCAAGCUUUACUGUUGGCAGAGCUUCGAAGAAUCGAGAAAGAAGGAAGGAAGGAAACAAUAGACACGUGGGCGCCCUACUUGCCACAAUAUGUUGACAACAUUAUGUCGCCUGGUGUGACACCAGAAACCAUGCAAACUAUUAGUGCAAGUCCUGAUUUACAAGGGACAGAUGCCAAAGUUCAGGAAGAAGAAUCUGAUUUAGCUGAUGAUGACAUUACUACAGGCUGCUUGCCAGGUUUUCUUGCCCAGACAAAGAAAUCAUCGUCAUCAUACGAGGAGCGCCGCAAGCAGGCUACAGCUAUUGUCCUUCUUGGUGUCAUUGGAGCAGAAUUUGGUGCUGAGAUUGAACCUCCAAAGCUGCCCACUCGCACUCGGAACACCAAUCAGGUGCCAGAGGGCUUUGGACUGACCAGUGGAGGGAGCAACUAUUCCCUGGCUAGACACACUUGCAAGGCUCUGACAUUCCUCCUGCUGCAGCCUUCUAGCCCUAAGCUUCCAGCACAUAGUACCAUCCGCAGAACUGCCAUUGAUUUGAUUGGGCGUGGUUUUACUGUGUGGGAACCCUACAUGGACGUGUCGGCUGUGCUGAUGGGACUUCUGGAACUCUGUGCUGAUGCUGAGAAACUCCUUUCAAACAUAACAAUGGGACUGCCACUCAGCCCAGCAGCUGACUCCGCCCGCUCAGCACGUCAUGCUCUUUCACUCAUUGCCACAGCCAGACCACCAGCUUUCAUAACUACUAUUGCUCGUGAGGUCCACAGACACACAGCUUUAGCAGCCAAUACACAGUCUCAACCAAAUGUGCAUACUAGCAUCUUGGCUCGCGCAAAGAGUGAAAUUCUGCGGGUGAUUGAGAUACUGAUAGAAAAAAUGCCGACAGAUGUGGUUGACCUUCUUGUUGAGGUUAUGGACAUCAUCAUGUAUUGCCUGGAAGGAUCCUUGGUCAAGAAAAAGGGCCUUCAGGAAUGUUUCCCUUCAGUUUGUCGGUUCUACAUGGUAAGCUACUGUGAGAGGAGUAACAGAAUAGCAGUUGGGGCUCGACAUGGCUCAAUGGCUUUAUACGACAUUCGCACAGGAAAAUGCCAGACUAUUCAUGGCCACAGUGGACCCAUAACUGCAGUGUCCUUUGCUCCUGAUGGAAGGUAUCUAGCCACAUAUUCCAAUGCUGACAGCCACAUUUCCUUCUGGCAGAUGAACACCUCACUACUGGGCAGUAUUGGUAUGCUGAACUCUGCGCCCCAGCUCCGAUGUAUGAAAACGUACCAGGUGCCCCCUGUUCAUCCUGCUUCUCCUGGUUCACAGAAUGCAUUGAAACUAGCACGUCUGAUCUGGACCUCCAACCGCAAUGUCAUCCUUAUGGCACAUGAUGGGAAGGAGCACCGAUUUAUGGUUUGAAGACACCACCUGAAUUACAUGAAACGUACUAAAGAAAUAAAAUUGUGUGUGCUGUUUGCAAAGCUGGUUAAUGUUUACAUUAAGAUAUUAUUGUGUAGAUUUUUUCAUAAAAGUUUAUCAUAAUUUGCAAUGUCAACGUUCUGUGGGUUUUUGAAAACAAAUGAAAUAGCUGCCCAACAGUCAUAACCGAUUGCUUAUUCUUUGUACUCACCAUUGUUAGCUUCAACUCAGUUUUGUUGUGGUUACAAAGCAUUUCUCCUGUCUUGCUAUUGAUUGAAGUCAAAAAAUUGUAAUUGCUUGUAUGAUGCACGUCCCAUGCCCUGCACCAAAAACUGGGCUCUUCUGCAGCUGUCCUAAGAAAACAGUGUAAGAUAGGAAGGACAAAAGUCAUGUUUUGUCACCAACAGCAGUUGGACUGAAGAGGACAGUUUCUAAGAGUCAUCAAAAUGGUGCAGUGGCUUUCAUUUCAAGGGUUUAAACUAAAAUAACACAGGGCUAAUGGAAUAAGAGACCCAAUAUGAAAUGAGUUGGUAAAACGUCAACCCAGCCUCUAGUAAUAAUGGAAGACGGCAUGAUGCUGCCCUAACUAGCACUCAAAAAGAUCUAAUAAAGGCUACUCGGGUAGUGGCAAAGGACUUACAGAUGCUGUACAAUUCAUUUUUCUGAAAUUGGAGAAAAAACAGGAAGCAGUAGUCUGCAUUUAAUAAUAUUAUACCCAAUAUAAACUGUAGGAGUUUUUGUUAAAGAUAUUGGGCAACCAAUGGAAUACUGGUGAAUAGUGGAUGAGACAAUUUGACCUGAUCUCAUGUCUUUUUCUCAAACAAGUCUCUCCUUUUUCAAUUAUCUAGUACCUCAAUUAAGGAACUUAGUUCAUUGAUUUUAAAGUUCCUAAUUUUUGUCUCAACACUGCCAGACCCUGACAACACUUUAAUGAAUUUCCCAUCCAGUUCACAAGUUUUUAUCAUCCUGCUGGCAGUGAAAGUUUUCAGGUUUUAUUUUUGUAUGGUAACAUGAGUAACCAGCAUAAGGUACAGGAUGCAGAAGUAAAUCUCUUCUGCCAUUGAAUUUGAGGCAAUUUCCAGUCGUUUGGUGUGUGUAUCAUAUGAAAUGUAAAACCCCCAACAGAUGCUCUGUUCAAUGAACAGUUGAAUCCUCUUCAGUUCUACAAAGAUCAUUAUGACCAUUUUAACAUCAGUUACAGGCAGAAAACAUUUACAGUAGCUUUCAAAAACUAAAAACUGGGAACACUUUAGCUUGCUUUCUUGCAUUUUUAUUUUACAUUAAAUUAAAUUCAGUAUGGUGAAACUUUACAGCUGCACACAAUUCCCGUCGUAUAUGCCUAACUCUUGCAUAUGAGGAACCGAUAUAAAGGGUAGAUUAUGCCUUAAUGAAUUUAUUGGUUUGGACAAGUUUGCAUGUCACUGAUACAUUGAAUACUUAUUGUUGGAAAUCCUAUUGGAUGCCUUGGAAAGGUGUUGCAGAGAUCUUUUGUGCAAUGCAUUUUGUGUGAAGAAGUCAUAGCAUUCCAGCUUCUUGAAAUAUUUAGCCUGUUUACCAGUUCAAAAAGAAAUCAUUAGUAGAUUCGUACUCUUGCUAGCAGCACAGUUAAUCACCCUUACAUAUUUUUAAAAUCCUGUUAAGGCAAGUAUGUCAACAGGAUUUUUCCCCCAGUUAAAUCUAUCUAUAUUACUGAAUCACCUGCACAGGUGCAACAAAAUCCUGAUUAAUGAAUAUCUGAACAUAAGCAAUCGGCACAUUUAGCUGUUUGGAAGGGGUUCAUGCAAGGCUGCUAUUGUGUCCUAGUAUAUAACAGUGACUUUUCUUAUAUCUGACCUACUUCAAAUAUACAGUGCUGAGAAGAAUGCUUCCGAAUGCUGUAUUUGCUAAUAAAGUAUCUAAAAUACUUCCAAAUUUAGUUCAAAUAUAUAGUUUGUUAAAUUUAGGAAAAAUUACCGCUAAAGCCAGAAUGAUAAAAAUGCAAAACCUUGUCCUUUGCAGAGGUCAUGUGAUAUUGAAGAUGCCUGUGAUUUGAACUAGAUGUCAUAAAGACUACGGUUUGGGCAAAACUGUCACUUGUCUAUUCACUUAACAGGAAUUUAUGACUGAAAGGAUUAUUAAAUAACUGAAUACAUUGAGUGGAUGCAUAACUCUUCUGUGCUAAUAAAAGCCUUUUAUUUGUCACAAAUUCAUUCGAGGGCAAAAGGCUAAGUUAAUUUUUUAAUGAAGGAGAAAAUUACCUUUAUUAGUUCCAGGCAAAAUGUUCAGUAUUUCUUCCAAGUAACUACCCCCUCUUAAGUUUCUUCUGACAGAUGGUUCUUUUUCGUAGCGAUUUAAUAUUUAUACUUCAUGGCUUUAAAUGUGUGUUGAGAAGCUUUUGUCAUAUUGGGCGUUGUGGGUUUCACUGUUCUACUCAUGUACAAAAUUAAUUUGCAAGUAUCUUUGAUUACCAGAUCCAAAAUCGCACCAUUUUACAGACCAAAAGGAAGGUUAUUCUUUCCUGUCUGCCUUUUAUCAUAUCAAUGGUAUUUGUUACUUUUUUAAAGAAAUUAUCUAAUUCAUUUUUUUAAAAUUACAGUGACAACUGCUCCCACCAUAAUUGCUCAGAACAGCCUAUAUCCUAAAGAUCUUUUGAAAAUAAAAAAAAUUCUGUCAAUCUUCCAUUUUUUUUGGUGGCUCUCUUUAAUUUAUAAUUAGUUUAUUAGUUCAGUGGUCAGUUGAAAUUUUUUUAAUUCAACAUCUCAAAAUCCUUCAUAAUUUGAAAGGAGCCUCAUUUCAUUGUUAUGAUUAAAGUCUCACAUCAUCUCCUUAAUGAUUUGCCUUACCCUAUGCCUCUGCACCCUAAACAGGAUAUAAUAUUCAGAAAGGUAAUUUGAAAAUUAUUAGUGUCGUUUUUAACUUUAUGUCUCUUGUUAUAAAAUUAAACACCCUGUAUGCACUUUAGAACCUUUAUCAACAUAUACUCCCACCAAUGUGUUUCACAAGUUAACAAAAUACAAAUGGAAAAGACAUGCAUUUAAAUGAGGUGAGAUUUAUGGCUCAGGCUGAAGUGGUCAAUAGUGUUUACCUGCUUGUUUUGAAUCUAUUAUUUUUGGUUUGAAAUCAUCUCUAUUUUGAGUUAACAGCUUGUUUCUUUCCAAACUUAUACUAAGUUUUCAAAUAUACAGGUACACCAAAAAGCCUUUUAUUUACUGCAGGAUUAUUCACCAUCCAUUACAAAGUUCUUUAAUUCAAAUCCUAAUAGGAAUAACAAUAAGCUAUCAAGGCCAUUUCCUGUUUUGGUGAUACUUAUUUUUAGGUGUUUGAUAGAAAAUGGGAAUGGUUGUCAUAUUAUUCUAAGUUGAGUAACAAUGCAAAAUCUCUUUUUCCAUCAUAUCACACCCAGACAGCAUGUAAAGUGUUAAAUAUGUUUAUCUUAGUUUAAACAGAAAGUGCUGGAGAAACUCAAUAGGUCUGGUAGCAUCUGUUCUGAGAGAAACAGAGUUAACAAAUAACAUUUAAUAUCCAAUAGAGUCCAAUAACAUUUCUUCAGAGCAGUUCCAUUGGUUGACUUUUAUGUCCCUGGAUUAAGAAGCAGGAAUCGGCUACAUUUCCCAUUUGAUUGUUAUCUGUAGGCCUUUGCUGAAUCAGGUGAAGAUAUAUAAUUUGUCUUGGCUAAAAUGCCACUAUGUAAAUAGCUGCUGAUGUUAACUCUCCAAGCCAUCUUGUACAGAAUGACUUCUAAAACAAGGAUUACUAAUGCCGUGAGAGCAGAACGCAGUAAGAUCAGAUAUCUUCAAGAAAGGAGAAUAGAAGAGAGGAGUACAGCAGCACAAGAUGGAAAAAUAUCCCUGAAAGAAAAACAAACAACUUUUGAAGCUCCACACAAGCGGGAGGAAUAACACCUCGUUUUCUGCUUGGGGACCCUGCAGCCUUCAAUAUCGAGUUCAAUAAUUUUAGGGCCUGAACUCUCCCAUGACUAGCCCCCAAGCCCACACACCAAGCCUUGUUAUCACGUAGUCUGCCAAUAUACACAGCCCGUUGUUAGCCGCUAACAGUCCCCAUUUACAUCCUCCCAGCCAAAUCAGUAUCCACUCCUUUGUCUAUCCAACUCUUCUUCUCUCUCUUUGCGCUCUACCCUCACCUACCAUUUAUUCCUUAACCCCUCUCCUCACCCUAUCUUCUGCAUAUAAACCAACAGUUUCUAGUAACGAUCUGCAGAAGGGUAACCAGACCUGAAACACUAGCUCUUGAUUUCUUUUCAUAGCUACUGUCAGACAUGCUGAGCUUUUCCAGCAAUUUCUAUUUGAACUUCAGGCUACCACAUGUUCAAGUUCCAUGGAUAAAUUGAUAGAUGUAAACUAUUGAGUGCAUACUAUUUCAGAGUAAUCAGGACAAUCGUUUUUUUUUUAAGAAUAUUAUAUGUUCUUACUUGCUUUGUGUUUUUCAGAUACUACAAUUUUCUCUGAAUGUUGGCAAGCUGCUGCUAAAAUAAAUGUUCUUAAAAUUACAAAUGACAAACAACAACUCAUUCACAUUGCACCUUGAAAGUAAUAAAGCUAUGGUGCUUGACAGGCUUCACAGAUUUUUUUUGAGAAAGUGAUGAAGAUGAUGGAUGAGGGUAGGGCAGUGGAUGUUAUCUACAUGGAUUUCAGUAAGGCCUUUGAGAAGGUUCCUCAUGGCAGGCUGAUGCAGAAGGUAAAGCUACACAAGGUCAGAAGUGAGCUUGCAAGAUAGAUUAAAAAAAACUGUCUCGGUCAUAGAAGACAGAGGGUGGCAGUGGAAGAAUACAUUUCUGAAUGGAGGGCUAUAAAUAGUGGCGUUCCUCAGGAAUCAGUGUUGGGACCUUUGCUGUUUGUAAUAUACAUAUAAAUGAUUUGGAGAAGACUGUAACUGGUCUGAUUAGUAAGUUUGCCGAUGACACAAAGGUUGGUGAAAUUGCGGAUAGCGAUGAGGAGCAUUAAAGCAUACAGCUGGUUAUAGAUCAGUUGGUUACUUGGGCAGAGAGAUGGCAGAUGGAGUUUAAUCCAGAAGAUGUGAGGUCAUGCAUUUUGGAAGUUUAAUCUAGAUGGAAAAUAUACAAUAAAUGGCAGAACCCUAAAGAGUACUGAUAGACAUAGGGAUCUGGGUGUACAGGUACACAGGUCUCUGAAAGUGGCAAUGCAGAUGUAGAAGGUAGUCAACAAGUCAGCCGGGACAUUGAGUUUUAAAAUUGGCAAGUAAUGUUGCAGCUUUAUAGAACCUUAUUUAGGCCGCAUUUGGAAUAUUGUGUUCAAUUCCGGUUGCCACAUUACCAGAAGGAUAUGGUGGCUUUGGAGACUGUAUAGAAAGGAUUUACCAGGAUGUUGCCUGGUAUGGAGGGCAUUUGCUAUGAGGAAAGGUUGGAGAAACUUAGGCUGUUCUGACUGGAACAAUGGAGUUUGAGGGGCAACCUGAUAGAGGUCUACAAAAUUGUGAAGGGCAUGGACAAAAUGGACAGUCAGAAGCUUUUUCCUAAGUGGAAGAUCAGGGGCCAUGAGUUCAAGGUGCGAGGGCCAAGGUUUAAAGGUGCUAUAUGAGGCUGGUUUUUUACACAAAGGGUGGUGGGUGCCUGAGGGAGGCAGUGAAAGCAGAUACUAUAGUGACGUUUAAUGGGCGUCUCGACAAAUACAUGACUAGGAUAGGAAUAGAGGGAUACGGUCCCUGGAAGGGUAGGGAUUUUUGUUGUGAUGGGCAGCAUGUUGGUGCAGGCUUGGAGGGCCUGUUCCUGUGCUGUAAUUUUCUUUGCAGGCACAUUAGAAGACAGAGGAUGACACCAAGCCCCUUAUGCAGAUGUCAGUUUAGAUGGCCACAUUUAGAGUAAAGAGCUGGAUUUUAAACAGUGUCUUAAGGAAGGUAAGAGGCAGAAAGGUGUAAGAAGGAAAUUUCAGAGCACCGGGUCUAGGCCACUGGAAAGUACUGUCACCAGUGUAGAAGCAAAUAAAAUUGGGGCCAGAAUUGGAUGCACACAGAUAUUUCAGAGAGUUAUAGACUUGAGAGGGGUGAGGCCUGGCCCCAGACGCAUUGUCAAAAUCAGGAUGAGAAUUUUAAAAUCAAGGCAACAAUAAGUAGAUGUUAGUCGACAAACAGAAUUACAUGCUUCACAAGACUUUGUGCAAGUUAAUACAUGAGCUGCAGAGUAUUGGAUGAUCUCAAGUUCUCAGAAAAUAAAAUGUGGGAGACCAGCCAAGACUGAAUUGAAAUAGUGCAUUCUAGUGUCGAGGUAACAAAGGAGUUUCAGCAGUCAGUGAGCUGACACAAUGUUGAAACCUGGUGAUGUUACAGAAGUGGUUAUUUUGAGAUUGAGUACAAUAUCAAGAUUAUGACCAGGCUGUUACAGUCCAAGUUUGUGACCAGGAAAAGGGGGACAGUCUAUAACUAGGGAGUGGAACAGGAAUCAAAACAAUGCCAUCUGUCUUUACAAUAUUUAAUGUGCAAUAAAUUUCUUCCAUUUGAUUCUGGAUGUUAUCUCAUAAAUCUAUUGCUUAUUCAAGAAUGGAGCCAGGUCGACAACAGUGGAAAGGUGUUGGAGGAUGAAUGUGUGAUCAACUGGCAAAGGCUCCAGAGUGGUCAAGUAGAAUGGGGGGAGGAGGGAGGUAGUUGAAUAGUUGGGGCAAUGGAAUUGAUUAACAGAGUACCUUUGGCAUAGAUGUGUGCAACUAAUGACCUGUCUUCCUUAGCAAAAGGUAUAUGCAGCAUUUUGUAGUUACGUUGGUGCUGAGAUAAGUUCAUGCAUUUAUGCAAUGCUGAAAAGGCCCUUCAGUCCCUCAAGUCUGCACCAACAUAACUGCCUUUAAAGGUAAACAAAUCCCAGUUUCCUGCACUUGUCCCAUAUGCUUGAAUAUUAUGAUAUUUGAAGUAUUCAUCCAAAUAUUUUUUAAAGAUUGUAAAGUUUGCAGCCUCCACUACCUUCCCAGACAGUGUAUUCCAGAUUCCCACCACCCACUAAAUUAAAAAGUCUUUUUUCCAAAUCCCCUCUGAAUCUCUUGCCCCUUACCCUAAAACUAUGGCUCCUCGUGAUUGACCCCUCAACAAAGCUGAACAGUUGUUCCCGAUUCACCCUGUUUAUAUUCUGCAUGAACUUAUAAACCUCAAUUAUAUUCUCCCUCAAUCUUCUUUGCUGGAAGGAAAAAGAACUCCAAGCCUAUCUAGUCUUUCCUUUAUAGCUCAAUUUCUCCAUCUCAGGUGACAUCAUGGUGAACUUCCUCUGUACCCCCUCUCAUGCUAACACAUCCUUCUUGUAAGGAGGUGACCAGAACUGCACACAGUACUCCAGCUGUGGCCUGACCAACACACUGUAUAACUUCAACAUUCCCUCUUUUCUCUUGUACUCUAUGCCAUGACUGAUGAAAGCAGAUGUCCCAUAUGUCUUCUUAAGUAUUCUAUUCACAUGCUUUGCUGACUUCAAAGAUCUGUGAAUAAUUACCCCAACAUCCCUCGAAUCCUCUAAGCGACCCAGUGUCGUGCCAUUCAUUAAAUACUCCCUCAUGUUGUUUCUUCUUUCAAAGAGCUUCACCUCACAUUUAUCAGGGUUAAAUAUCAUCCACCACUGGUCUGUCCAUCUGACCCACCCAUCUAUUUCUUCCUGUAACACAAUUCACAAUUAACCACUCUACCGAUCUUCGUGUCAUCUGCAAAUAUGCUUAACAUACCCCCACAUUUUCAUCUACAUCAUUCAUAUGUAACAAACAGAAAGGUUUCCAGUACUGAUUCUUGUGGUACAAUGCUGGACAUUGGCCUCCAGUCACUCAAACAGCCUUCUACCACUACCCUAUGUGACCUAUUUCUAAGCCAGAUUCUGAUCCAUCUUGCCAAGUUUCCCUCAAUUCCAUGUGCUUUAACCUUCUCAGUCUCCCAUCUGGGAUCUUAUCAAAAGUUUUGUGAAAAUCCAUAUAAACUACAUCAACUGAACUUCCCUCUUUCACAUACUUGAUCACAUUUUCAAAAAAUUCUAACGGAUUUGUUAGGCAUGACCUCUCUCUGUCAAAGCCAUGCUGACUAUCUCUAAUUAAUCCUUCCUUUUCCAAGUGGGAAUUAACUCAGUCCUUCCAAAUUUUCUCCAAUUGUUUCCCUACCACUGACAGGAGACUCACUGGUCUGUAAUUUCCUUGGUCAUCUCUACUGCCCCUCUUAAAAAGUGUAACGACAUUACCCGACCUCCAGUCCUCUGGCUCUUUGCCUGUGGUUAAAGAGGAAUUAAAAAUUUGUGUCACAGCCCCUGCAGUUUUCUGUGUCACCUUCCACAGCAGCCUAGGAUGCAAUUCAUCUGGGCCAGGUAAUUUCUGUUUUUAAGCCCAAUACAGCCUCCAAUACCUCACCAUGUCAAACUGCAAAUUCCUCACAGUCCCUUUUCCUGAAUUCCAUAUCUAUGUUCUCCUUUUCCAGAGUGAAAACCAAACAGAAGUAUUCAUUCAACACCCUUCCAUUAUCCUGCAACAGGUUACCCUCUUUCUCUCUAAUAGGCCCUACUUUUUCCCUGGUUAACACUUCCCUGAAAUGACUGGACUGCAGAUGACAAAUUGAAACUAUGACAGUCCUUUUAACAGUUGAUAUCUUUUGACAAAUGUGGCAGUACUAUCCAGACAUCUAAUUGUCAAUAGUUCUUAUUGGUAAGCAACACUUGUCUUUGCUGAUGAAACUACAGCAUUAUACCUGUACAUACUGAGCAUAGGGAGCACUAAAUUUUUCUGACUGUUGUCAACCUGUGUCAUGGUCUCUAGACUUAGUAAAUUAUGGUUGUAGUAAAUGAGAUACACCCUAUGGGAAAGCUUGUAUUCUCCAUGUUAGAAAUUAUACAUGUAUGAAUUGUAUGCAUUGUUUGCAGACUCUAGACCAUGUUGCUUCCUUCGUGCAUGUGAAAUACCCUAUUGACUUAAAAAUAAGUCCGUCAAGUAGGAAAAACAUUGAAACCAAAACUGGUACAAAUUUAUUCUGAGUGUCUUUUUAACCCUAGGUUGUGCAAUGUGGUCUACAUACGAAGAUAUUACUUUGCUCUUGAACUAAUUUUUUUUUAACCAAAAAACUUGCAUUUUUCAACUAACAUAUCUAAUUGAGUCAAUUCCAGAAAAAAUGAUGAGGCAAAUCUACUCAUAUAUUGCCUUUUUAUGAUAUUAAUACUUGUAUUCAGCCAGGUUUUCUUUAUGUUUACAUUAAUGAUAUUUUAGAAAUUUAAAAAAUGGCAACUUGAGCCAUUAGUUUCAUAAUGGUCCAGAAAUAAUGAGGCUAGUUCAAAAGGAGGAGACAACACAGUGUGGAGCUGGAGGAACACAGGCCAGGCAGCAUGCCAGAGUCUCCGACUCCAGUAUCUGCAGUUCUUGCUAUCGCUAAGUAGCUUAAAAGUUGACUGUUUAAUAGAGGUAAAGACCACAAAAGGGGACAUUGCUUAAAAAGAGUCAAAAAUUAAUUUUAACUUGCUGUUUAAAAAUGUGUUUGUGAGAAGACCUGAAAUUCUGUUCUAAAGUUUUUGAGUUUGUUUGUAAACUGAUAAUUUUAAAUUGUGGAAACAUUGUGCAUUUGGUGUUGCUUUGAUAUCAGAAUAAUCGCAUUAUAGAAUGUUCUGUUAUCCUCAGCAAAAUUGCUGAGGUACAGGGACUGUCUUGGACAAUUUGUAGUGAAUGAAUGUUUCUGUAGUAAUUUAUAUCUGUGUGCAACUGUAGUUCUGUAAUUUGCGAUCUGGGAUCAGUGGAUCUGUUUCUUUGUCUCCAUUCAUCCAGGUGUUAAUCAAGUGAGCCAUAUCCACAUACAAAGUUAAUUGAUGCCCAAACCUGAAAGAUCCCAAUUAAUCUUAAUUCAAACUAAGACGAGAAAAUUUGAUUCUCCUAAAACAAAAGUAGUUGUUUGUGUUUCAAACUGGUGGCUUCUUCAGCUUUUGCUGCUAUUCAGUCAAUCAGUAUCUCCUGAUGAUGCGGAAAUGAUGUUUCAUCAAUUCAGCAGUUAAAAUUUAGGGUAAUCUGAACUGGAUUGACUUCCCCUACCCCACAGUAUAUUCUGUCAUCCAUUAUUCACCCUUUUCCUGUAAAUUUGUGAAGAAUCUCCUUCAGUAUUGAUAUGCAGCUUCUCCCACAUUACCAUUGUGGGUAAUCUGAUCAGUGUUACUGAACUUGCUUUUAUUUGAAAAUGUCUUGAGUGGAAAAUAAUAGGUAGCUUUUCCAAACAAUUGAGGCUAGUGCUGUUUUUUUUCUUCAGAGUUAUAGCCUGGCUAGUAAUGUGCACCAUUUCCUUUUAACUGUCCAAAGCUCCAGAAUAGUAGGGAUUUUUAAAUAAAAAGUUUUUAUAUUCACGGAGGAUUCACGUUUUUGAUUAUAAUUAUCUCUUAAAAUUAACAUGAUUACAGCAGUCAGUCUGUUUUAGAUUUCACAAAAAUAAGAGAAAACUCUGUUAUCUAUUGUGCUCCCCUCAAAGUGCUUUCCUCUUCUUUCUAUUCCUUUCCUUUGUCCUUUUUUUAAAACUAAUAUACAAACCACCUUUUGAAAGCUAUCUUGCAUUCUACUCCCAAAACUAUUGUGCAUAGAGUAUCCAUGUUCUAACAACCCUCUAUAUUACUGAAAAAAAAUUCCCAACUUCUCCCUUCACACUCUUGUGAGGACCUUAAAUGUAUUCUCUGUAUAUUGUGACAUAAAAAUUAUGAGGGAAAUAAAGAAAGUUAUUCAGAAUCUGCAGCUAGCAAGUUACACAUCCAACAACAGUGACAUAACUGGGUUAUACGCAGCUAAAAGCUUAGCUUCUCCAAAAUAUUGAUGGUAAGUCAGAAUCUAUAAACCACAUCCAAAUUGAAUCUAGAAAUUGUGUUGGAAAGUUGGUAACAGCAAAGGGAGUAAUAGAAGGUUAGACCAGGCUAUGUUAGACAUACUUACAAAAAGUGGUUAGGUUGCAAAGUUGAAGAUGUGGCCAAUGAGUUUAACUCCAGGAAAUAAGACAGCAAAAUUGUUUACUCAAGCAUGUGAAAAGGUGCAUUCUCACUACUUUGAUCAUAUUUUAAUUGGAACUUAUUCUUCUCCCACCCAUCAAUAUUGAAUUCUGUCCUUGAGACAAGAUUGACACAAAUUGAAUUUUGAGAUAACACUCUUUAUUUAACCUCUGAGGUAAACAUGAAGAAAAGGUUGAUUUUUACAUUCUCUUGCUUUUCACGCUUGCACACAGAGAUACAAAUUCUCCCUUUAUCUUUGAUGUGCACAUGCUGCAAAAUGUAUAUGUUGCAUUCAUAUUUAUCAAGCAUUGUAUUUAGAUUGGUCAUUUGUGGAUAUGAUAUAGUAUUAACUGUCAGUGACUUUUCUCCUUAUCUGGUAGUAAAACCAAGUCACCAAUACUUGCAAAACCUAUUUAAUUCCAUUGUCUAAUUAAAUAACUGUAAAUGCUGUUUGUACUGUAAAUUUAUUUUCUUUGCAGUUUUUCUGAAUGUGUCACAUUUGGUUUUCAUAGUUCGAUAUCCAAAUGUUUAAUUAAAAGCAGAAUUUCUAGUUCAAGUUACCGAUUUUUCUAACAUAUCAACUGGAAUGAUUCAGAGAACAUUGUUUUGAAAUUGAAACUUAUGAUGGAGGUAGUUAAAGAAUAGAACAUUUGCCUUUUUUUUAAGAAAGUGCUAAAUGAUUUUUACUGAUAGGGUAAUUCCUGUUAACCAACAUUUCCAGCUCCCUCAGGCAGCCGAGUGUGUGAAUAUAGUGUCCACUAUGAUACUGAGCCAUGUAGACUAUUUUUCUUUAUUCAUUCACAGGGUGAGGGCAUCGCUGGCUAGGCAGCAUUUAUUGCCCAACCCUAAUUGCCCAGAGAACAGUUCAGAGUCAACCACAUCUGAAGUCACACAUAGGCCAGACCAGGUAAGGAUGACAGUUUCCUUCCCUAAUGGACAUUACUGAACCAGAUGGGUUUUUCUGACAGUUGGCAAUGGAUUCAUGGUCAUCAUUAGACUCUAAGUCCAGAUAUUUAUUGAAUUCAAAUUCCACUGUCUGCCCCGGUAGGAUUCAAACCUGGGUCCUCAGAACAUUAUCUAGGUCUGCAGGGUUAACAGUCCAGUGAUAAUACCACUUGGCCAUCACCUCAGAAGAUUCCCAGUUAACCUUCAGUUAACGCAUGUCCCCCUGGGUGAAGUAUGAGCACCAGCAGUAAAGAAAGUACUUGUGUUGAAAUGCCCACACAUUUCAUGAUCACAGGACAAUCACAGUGGAUCACAGCCAAUAUAGUUAUUUAUUAGAAUUAAAGUAAAAUACAGUAGAUGCUGGAAAUAUGAAACAAACACUGAAUGAUGGAGAAACUCAGCAAUAAAUUAAACACAGAAGAGACCCAUCGUCAGAACUGAAGAUAGGUGGGAAAGGGUGGUAUUUAUGAAGAUGAUACGGUUUGGGGAUGGUGGCAAUGAAUCGAGUGCAUGAAGUCAGAACCCAGACAGAGUUAAAGACCUGAGUUAAAGACCUGAGUUAAAGACCUGAGUUAAAG